AUGUCUCUACGAGUGUUGAAUCCAAAUGCGGAGGUGCUGAACAAAUCGGCGGCUCUGCACAUGAACAUCAACGCAGCCAAGGGCUUGCAGGACGUCCUCAAAACCAACCUUGGCCCUAAGGGCACCAUCAAAAUGCUUGUUGGCGGAGCCGGUGACAUCAAGCUCACUAAAGAUGGCAACACUUUGCUUAAAGAAAUGCAAAUUCAAAACCCAACAGCAAUUAUGAUUGCAAGAACAGCUGUUGCCCAAGAUGACAUAAGCGGAGAUGGCACCACAUCUACUGUCUUAUUCAUUGGCGAGCUUAUGAAACAAUCAGAGCGAUACAUUGAUGAAGGGAUGCAUCCACGUGUCCUAGUUGAUGGUUUUGAGAUUGCCAAAAGAGCAACACUUCAAUUUAUUGAGAAAUUUAAAACUCCUGUGGUGAUGGGCAAUGAGCCUGACAAAGAGAUUCUAAAAAUGGUAGCUAGGACAACUUUGCGAACUAAGUUAUAUGAAGCAUUGGCGGAUCAAUUGACUGACAUAGUUGUUAAUUCGGUUCUUUGCAUCCGCAAACCUGAAGAAUCCAUUGAUCUGUUCAUGGUGGAGGUUAUGCACAUGCGACACAAGUUUGAUGUUGACACACGUUUGGUUGAGGGUCUUGUCCUUGAUCAUGGUUCUAGGCAUCCUGAUAUGAAGCGACGGGCAGAGAAUUGUUACAUCUUGACAAGCAAUGUAUCUUUGGAGUACGAGAAAAGUGAAGUAAAUUCAGGCUUUUUCUAUUCAAAUGCGGAACAGAGAGAAGCCAUGGUUUUAGCUGAAAGGCGUCAGGUUGAUGAAAGAGUUAGAAAAAUCAUUGAGCUGAAAAAUAAGGUUUGUUCUGGUAAUGAUAAUAAUUUUGUCGUUAUCAAUCAGAAGGGAAUUGAUCCCCCAUCUUUGGACCUUCUCGCUAGGGCAGGGAUUAUUGCCCUGAGAAGAGCAAAGAGGAGGAAUAUGGAACGGUUGGUUUUGGCUUGUGGAGGGGAGGCUGUAAACUCAGUAGAUGAUUUAACUCCUGAUUGCCUUGGUUGGGCUGGACUUGUAUAUGAGCAUGUCCUUGGUGAAGAGAAGUAUACAUUUGUUGAAAAUGUGAAGAACCCUCAUUCUUGCACAAUCUUAAUCAAAGGGCCUAAUGACCAUACAAUCGCCCAGAUUAAGGAUGCUGUUCGUGAUGGCCUGAGGGCAGUCAAAAAUACAAUUGAAGAUGAAGCUGUCAUCUUAGGUGCUGGAGCUUUUGAAGUUGCAGCCAGACAACAUUUAGUAAAUGAAGUAAAGAAAACUGUUCAAGGGCGAGCUCAACUUGGUGUUGAAGCUUUUGCUGAUGCUCUCCUUGUAGUGCCCAAGACACUUGCUGAGAACUCUGGCCUUGACACGCAAGAUGUGAUAAUUGCUCUUACGGGAGAGCAUGAUCGGGGAAAUGUCGUGGGAUUAAAUCACAACACUGGAGAACCCAUUGACCCACAAAUGGAGGGUAUCUUUGACAACUACUCUGUGAAGCGACAAAUUAUAAACUCAGGACCUGUAAUUGCAUCUCAAUUGUUAUUGGUUGAUGAAGUAAUUCGUGCUGGGCGCAACAUGCGGAAGCCAACUUAG